AAGGAUUAUGGGAGAUGUAGUCUUAGUCUGCAUGAGGAACGCAAGGCAAGAGAGAGGGAGCUGGAAACCCUCAUUGUCUCCAAGAAGGAUUAUGGGAGAUGUAGUCUUAGUCUGCAUGAGGAACACAAGGCAAGAGGGAGGGAGCUGGAAACCCUCAUUGUCUCCAAGAAGGAUUAUGGGAGAUGUAGUCUUAGUCUGCAUGAGGAACGCAAGGCAAGAGAGAGGGAGCUGGAAACCCUCAUUGUCUCCAAGAAGGAUUAUGGGAGAUGUAGUCUUAGUCUGCAUGAGGAACGCAAGGCAAGAGAGAGGGAGCUGGAAACCCUCAUUGUCUCCAAGAAGGAUUAUGGGAGAUGUAGUCUUAGUCUGCAUGAGGAACGCAAGGCAAGAGAGAGGGAGCUGGAAACCCUCAUUGUCUCCAAGAAGGAUUAUGGGAGAUGUAGUCUUAGUCUGCAUGGGGAACACAAGGCAAGAGAGAGGGAGCUGGAAACCCUCAUUGUCUCCAAGAAGGAUUAUGGGAGAUGUAGUCUUAGUCUGCAUGGGGAACACAAG